UCAGUCCAACUAUGCUCUCCAAGUCAGGCGCCCAUGAGGACGCUCUGGAAGGGAGGAGGACCUUGGUUGUGGGCGGAAGAGGCGGCGCGUGCAUGAAUUUUAUUCUGAGAUGUUUCAGCAGGAAAAGAAUGUGCUUCUUCACAUGAGUAUCCACUUAUUUUGGAUCAUUUUUUGGGGGUGCAUACCAAAAUGCUUGUAUGCACAGAACAUGUGUCCUGAGGUCAGGCAACAGCUUUUGAAAGAUGGCUUUCACAGAAACCUGCUGAUUCAGGUAAAUAUCAGUACAGCUGAUGAAAGCCUCAGAAGCUGCAUGGUGGCAACUAAGGUACACUUACCAAAAGGACUAUAUGUGGACCCCUAUGAAUUGACAUCUUUACAAAAGCACAAUCUCACUGAGGCAUUGAUGAUGGCAGAUAACAUAGAUUUGGAAGCUCCCGAGUACUUAGCUGCUGACGUUUCUGUCCUCGUUUAUAUGAGACCUGACCCUGAAUGCUUUUCGUGUUUUAGAGCAUUAUUACCUCUGCACUGCCGGUAUCAUCGGCCGGCAGAGAAUGAUGGGAAAAUCUCUACUGUACUGAAAAGUCCAGAUCUAUUGAUGCAUUGCCAAAAAUUAUUCCUUUCACUGGAAUGUUUGAAAGAAACUGAAAUAGAAGCUCCAUGUUCUCAGAAGAAUACACACACAUGCCAUUGGGAUAGCAUGAAGUUCAAAGAUGUAACCGAAGAACAGAAACUGCAGAUACCAGUUGGGCUCAAACACCAUCUCAUGUUGGUAUGCACAGUGACUCUUGCUACCACAAUAUUGUGUUCCAGUCUUAUCCUUUCAGCUUUAUUCAAGCAUGGAUGCUUCUCCUUUGUUCAGAGCUCACAGUAAAACCGAACAAGG